UAAUUCAGAUUCUUCGCUUGCUUCUGAGACACUGCUCUUCCCCUUUUUCUGGGUUCACCUCCCAUCUCAUUGGCCAGUCUUUCCCAAGUUCCUUUGCAAUUUUCUUCUCUUCUCCCAACUUCUUACUACUGGAGUUAAUGACUGAGGCUCAUCUCUUGGUCCUCUUCCCUUCUCUAACUGCACUCACAACUUUGGUGAGCUCAACCAGUCUCAUAGCAUUAAAUAUCAUCUUUGUGUUGAUAACUUGCAAAUUCUUACCUCUAGUCAACCUUUCUCCUGAAUGUCAGAGGCCUAUUUACUGAUUCAGAUUUCCAAGAGGCAUCUCAAAACCCCAAGUAUCCAUCACAGGGCUCCUGAAUUUCUCCCAAAUCUGCUUUUCCUAUAGUUUUACCUACCUCAGUUAUCAGUUGACUCUCCUUUCUCUCAUACUUACAUCUCAUAUGUCAUCAAUUUCUGAAAAUUCUACCUUCAAAAUAUUUCUAAAAUCUAACUGCUUCUCAUCACUUCUGCUGCUACCACCCUGGUACAAUCAAUCCAUCUCUUGUCUCAAAGGUUCUAAUAGCCAGCCUCCAUCCUUGUGUCUCUGCUGUGUAUUUCAACACAGAACCCUGAGUAAUUCUGUUAAGAUCUAGGUCUGAAUAAUGUUGCUCAUCUGCUCAGAAUUCCCCAGUGACUCCCCAUUUCUUUCAGAAUAAAGGCUAAAUAAGGAAACCUAUUAACAAAACUCACAAUCACUAAGAAAAAAUAUAACAUGACUGUCUCCACUGAUGAUGAAAAGGCAUAUAAUAAAAUUCAGCAUUCAUCCUUAAUAGGUAAAGAAUUUCAAUGAAAUAAGAAUUGAUAAAUUCUUAACGAUAAAAUGUUUAUCUCAAAUCCAAAGUCAAUCUCCUCCUUGCUGAGUAAACACCAAAAACAUUUUCUUAAUACCAGAAAUAAGAAAGGAGGAAAAAUAAUUAUUAUGUUCAGAUUCUAUGACUGUAAACUUGGAAAUCCUAAAGAACCAACUACUAUUAGAUGAAUUCUGGUCCCUUGCUGCGGGGUCCUCACUCACGGCCAGGUCGCAGCCGUUGUACUGGAAGAAAGUCGAGUCUGCAGCAGACAGGAAGUGCCAUAAUGCUCCAGUAUUAUGAGGACAAGCUGGAGGGCGGUGCGUAUGCAUACCCAAAGGAGGACCUGGGCAUGUGUCUGCUGCUGUCGGAAUGUGUGGUCCAGGAAGGAAAAUCCCCUCGGCAGUGUUUGAAGGAAGGAUACUGCAAAGCUUUGAAAUACUCAUUUUUUGAGUGUAAAAGAUCAAUGUUGGAUACCAGGGUAAGAUUCAGAGGAAGAAAAGGAUAUUCACACAUCAUGUUGAAGCCAAGAUGAAAAACAACAAAGAAUUUUCUCUGGUCAUUAACACAAAGAAGCCAAAACAAGAAACAUACUUUUUACUACAUCUGUUUGGUUGGACUAGUUUUCCCCUCCAUGGCACACUGAAAAAAAUGGACGAGUUCUGUUUUUGAAUAUGUAUAAAGUAAAUGAUUCUAUUGAUCCAAGUUAUUUUUAGAAGAAAAACCUAAUUGAACAGUUAUGGGUUGGAAGCAUAAUAAAUGUGUUUUGAGAAUUGUUCUAAAGCA